UUUUGCUGCAUGAUACCCGCAAAAAUUGUGACUUGCGAGCCAUCAGUGUCAUCAGAUACUUUAUCAUCUUGUCAACAUCUACUUGCUCAUGUUUCAAUGCAAUCUUUUGUCUGGGUUGUCGGCUGCCUAGCUUUUUUGGGUAAUAUUUUGGUUAUUAUACAAAAUUGCUGCAUAGGCAAUUCGGCAAAGAAAGUCCAUGUACUAUUAAUUAAUAAUCUGGCUAUGUCCGACUUCUUGAUGUCAAUCUAUUUAUUCAUCAUAGCGUUUGCUAACUCAACGUACAGUAGCCAAGAACAAUACGGUCUACAAUCUGAGAAUUGGCUAAGAAAUCCGUUAUGUGUAAUAUCCUGUAUUCUUGUGACUACAUCCAGUUUAGUAUCUGUAUUUUUAAUGCUAAUUAUCAGUGCCGAUAGGUUCAUCGUUAUUGUAUAUUUGCUUAAAGCAAAAAAACUAAGCAUAUCUGCUACUCGAGUAAUCACCUGUAUAACGUGGCUAGUAUGCUUUUUAUUUGCACUUAUUCCAGCACUACUCAGUAUUAAUCAACCUGGUGAACUACGAUUAUACACCUAUAACAGCAUAUGCAUGCCAAGCAAUUAUGAGAACCCUUCCUACCGCAUUUGGAUGAUAACCUAUAUUGCUUCUACAAUUUUUGCUUGGAUUAUUACGUUCUCACUAUAUAUAGCAAUGUUUAUAUCCUUUCGCAAGACUCGAAAAGCUGCUAGGAAAUCAGCUAAUAAGGAAAAUAAAGUACUUGCACUGCGCUUAUCAAUCAUACUACUCACCAAUUUAAUUAGCUGGGUACCAUAUUAUGCGGUUAAUAAUUUCGGUUUCGUUACAAGUAAAGGCGUUAAUGUGAUCACAUUACAAUUUAUCGGUAUUUUUGCAUUACCGAUUAACUCUGCUCUUAAUCCAUUUUUGUACACCAUAACAAGCAAAGCCGUAAUUAAGAGAUUAUUUAUUCAUCCAGUAACUUGCUUGGCUGGCUUAUGUAGCAAGCCAAAGAAUCGAAACAGAUCUAGUCGUAUAGGUCUAUGUAGCUCAAGGGUUUUUGUUAUCAAUUCAAACGGCAAUGCGAUCGAUGUGAAUUAG